CAGACCCAUCGUAGAACAUCCUAGAACCUUCCAUUCAAACUAACCGCACCGACUGCUCUUCUGUUUCCUUUCCCUUCUGCAACUCCCAACGGAACAGAGAAGAAGAACAAGAAGAAGAAGCUGAAAGGUGGUAGCCAUAGAUUUAGCUUUAGCUUUGUGAUCGCGGAACCGAACCGUCGGAUCAAUGGCUGCCGACGCCGAAGCUGCACCAGCUGCGGAGUUGGCGCUCGCUGAUACUGACAUCAACUGGGACAGGUUGGACAAGACAAAGUUUCAUAUAAUUGGGGCAAUGCUUUUUACUGUUCAGUCAGCCUUGUUACAUCCCACAGCAGUUGUGAAGACUAGAAUGCAAGUAGAUGGAUCUGGUCUAUCUCACAUGCGUGGAGUAUCGGUUUUCUGGAAUAUAUGGAAGUCUGAUGGGAUCUAUGGCUUAUUUAGAGGUUUUGGUACUUCAGCUAUUGGAUCAGUACCUGGUAGAGUACUGGCUUUAACAUCACUAGAAGUAUCAAAAGACAUUAUGUUGAAAUAUACUGGACAUCUGGAUAUGCCUGAAGCAACACGUCUUGGCCUUGCAAAUGGAGUCGCAGGCAUGAUCUCGCAUUUAGCUUCAUGCGUAUACUAUGUGCCAUUGGACGUGAUUUGCCAGAGGCUGAUGGUUCAAGGGCUACCUGGAACCACUUUCUGCAAUGGUCCAGUUGAUGUUGUCAAAAAAGUGAUGAAGGCUGAAGGAUUUCGUGGUUUGUAUAGGGGUUUUGGACUAACAGCUGUAACUCAGUCCCCAGCAUCUGCUCUCUGGUGGGGUGUCUAUGGUGCUGCUCAGCAUAUUAUCUGGAGGAGCUUAGGAUAUGAAGAUAGCAUGGAGAAUAAACCUUCUCAUUUGGAAAUGGCGACAGUUCAGGCUGCAGCAGGAAUGGUGGCAGGUGCUUGUUCCUCUGUCAUCACGACUCCUGUGGACACAGUAAAGACGCGACUUCAGGUGAUUGAUAACUAUGGAAUUGGUAGACCAUCUGUGCUCAAGACUACAAGAGCACUUCUCCACGAAGAUGGCUGGUUGGGAUUUUAUAGAGGCUUCGGACCCCGGUUUUUGAAUAUGUCGCUUUAUGGAACUACGAUGAUAGUGACUUAUGAACUGAUUAAGAGACUUUCCGUGAAGGAGGAGAUCGUGACAUGCUGAACGGGAGGAGGUGCCUUGCUCCUACGUGACUUAGAAUCAAUAGAACUGUAAGCUAGCGGCUUAAUGUUUUUUUCGUUCUUUUUUUCCUCUUUUUUUUUUCCCUCUUUUCUGGAGUUUGGGGGAUGGGUAGUAGGCAGCUUAAAUUAGUCGCAGAUUAAACGUAGAAGCAUCAUUGACACAGCACGGAACUAUGAUAACAGUAGACGAAACGUAGUUCAUUCCAUUCCAUUCUUCCUCAAUGUAAACUGAAACGCAGAGGUGUCCUUUUUCAUUCUUAAAAUCACCAAUAUCAAUUUCAUUUUGAUCACAAA